UGGCCUGCGGGGCGUGACUUUGGGCCUGUGCGCAUGCGCACAAAAGGAAACGCCGCGGAGAAAGGCGACAGAAGGAGACGGAGAAGGUUAUUCGCGUGGAGCUGCGUGUUUGUCGUGUGUCGCCACCAUGUUCCGCCUCAUGGCCAGCCAGGCUAGGAAGCACCCCAGCUUGAUUCCUCUCUUCAUCUUCAUUGGCGCUGGAGGGACCGGGGCUGCCCUCUACAUCAUGCGCCUCGCUCUCCGAAACCCCGACGUCUGCUGGGACAGAAAGAAUAACCCCGAGCCUUGGAACAAGCUGGGCCCCAAUGACCAGUACAAGUUCUACGCUGUGACCACCGACUACAGCAAGCUGAAGAAGGAAGGCCCGGACUACUAAAGCGGGCGCCGUCGCCUUGCGUGUCCUCCCUUCCCUCCACAACAAGCUGCACACAAGAAAACCCCGAAGAAAAGGUGGUCCAUCUCGAGGUCUUCCAGAAGCCAUCCGCACAAGGCAUCUCCGCUUCUCCUCUUCCUCCGUCGUCCAGGAAAACGCCCAUUUCCUCUCGCACGUUGCACUUCAAUCAUGUUUUCAAAAGGUUAAGUAGAUAGCCGGGGAGGGGAAAUAAAGGAGCUUGUUGGGACUUAAUUAAAACCAGUGUUUGAAAACUUAA